AUCCGUAAACCCCCCACAUUUACCGGCAUCACAAGGGAAGAUCGGAAAAAGUUUGUAGACGUCUUUUUAAGUGUUAUGUGAAGACCACAAACAGUUGAGAAGUAGUUACAGGUUGGAAUAAGUUUUCGAGUACUUAACAGAGAGGAUAUAAAUUAUACACGAAGCAGGAAAUUGGGACGAUGAUCGCCUCGCAUCUUCUGGCGUACUAUUUUACCGAGCUCCACCAUGACCAGGUGCAGAAAGUGGACAAAUAUCUGUUUCACAUGCGUCUGUCGGAAGAGAAUCUGAUGGACGUGUCAAUGCGGUUCCGGCGGGAGAUGGACCGGGGACUCGGCCGUGACACCAACCCUACCGCCUCUGUCAAGAUGCUGCCAACAUUUGUGCGCUCCACCCCUGACGGGACAGAGAAAGGGGACUUCCUGGCUCUGGAUCUUGGAGGGACCAACUUCCGGGUGCUGCUGGUGAAGGUUUCAGACAAUGGGAAACAGAAAGUCGAGAUGGAGAACCAGAUCUACGCCAUUCCUGAACAUCUGAUGAGGGGCCCUGGCUCUGAAUUGUUUGAUCACAUUGCUGAAUGUCUCGCCAACUUCAUGGAGAAGCUUGGUAUCAAAGACAAGAAGUUACCGCUGGGAUUCACCUUCUCCUUCCCAUGCCAACAGACCAAGCUGGAUGAGAGCAUCCUGGUGACGUGGACAAAGGGAUUCAAGUCAAGUGGGGUGGAGGGCAAGGAUGUGGUCAGCCUGCUGAGGAAAGCCAUAAAGAAGAGAGGGGACUUUGACAUAGACAUUGUGGCAGUGAUCAAUGAUACAGUGGGCACGAUGAUGACCUGCGGUUACGAUGACCAUCACUGCGAGAUUGGCCUGAUCAUUGGCACAGGCACCAACGCCUGCUACAUGGAGGAGAUGCGUAACCUGGAGCUGGUGGAGGGCGAUGAGGGGCGCAUGUGUGUCAACAUGGAGUGGGGCGCCUUUGGGGAUGACGGUGUGCUAGGGGACCUGCGCACGGAGUUCGACAGGGACAUAGACGCCGGCUCCCUCAACCCGGGAAAGCAGCUGUUCGAGAAGAUGAUCAGCGGGAUGUACAUGGGCGAGCUGGUGCGCCUCAUUCUGGUGAAGAUGACCAAGGACGACAUGCUCUUCCAGGGCAAGGCCACCCCUGAACUCCUCACCACAGGCCGGUUCCAGACCAGCUUUGUCUCCGCCAUCGAGAACGAGAAAAACAAUGAGGGUUUAGUGAACGCGGAGAAGGUGCUGCUGGGACUCGGACUGUCUCCAUCCGCGGAGGACUGUGUGGCGACGCAGCGGGUGUGUCAGAUCGUGUCUACGCGCGCCGCCCACCUGUGUGCGGCCUCCCUGGCCGCCGUGCUGAGGCAGAUCCGUGACAACAAGGCGGCGGAGAGGCUUCGCACCACCAUCGGAGUGGACGGCUCCGUCUACAAGAACCACCCGCAGUUUGCGCGCCGCCUGCACAAAAUGGUACGGCGCCUGGUGCCAGACUGCGACGUGCGCUUCCUCCGCUCCGAGGACGGCAGCGGCAAGGGCGCUGCCAUGGUGACGGCGGUGGCGUACCGGCUGGCCACCCAGCAGGCCGAGCGGCAGCGCGUGCUGGACACACUGAGGCUGAGCCGCGAGCAGCUGCUGGAGGUGAAGGCGAGGAUGACCAAGGAGAUCAACAGGGGCCUGAGCAGGGAGAUGCACGCCAGCGCCAGCGUUAGGAUGCUGCCCACCUACGUCAGGUCCACGCCGGACGGCACAGAGCGUGGGGACUUCCUGGCGCUGGACCUCGGCGGGACCAACUUCCGGGUUCUGCUGGUGCGCGUGCGGAACGGGAAGCGGCGCAGCGUGGAGAUGCACAAUAAGAUUUACGCCAUCCCCCAGGAGAUCAUGCACGGGACGGGGGAGGAGCUGUUUGACCACAUUGUGCACUGCAUCGCUGACUUCCUGGAGUACAUGGGCAUGAAGGGUGCUGCUCUGCCCCUGGGGUUCACCUUCUCCUUCCCCUGCCAUCAGAACAAGCUGGACCAGGGAAUCUUGCUGAAGUGGACGAAAGGUUUCAAGGCCUCAGGCUGCGAGGGGGAGGACGUGGUCUCACUGCUCAAGGAUGCCAUCCACCGGCGAGAGGAGUUCGACCUGGACGUGGUGGCCGUUGUGAACGACACCGUCGGCACCAUGAUGACCUGUGGCUACGAGGACCCCCAGUGUGAAGUGGGGCUCAUCGUUGGCACGGGCACCAACGCCUGCUACAUGGAGGAGAUGCGGAAUGUGGAGAUAGUGGAGGGGGACGAGGGGCGCAUGUGUGUCAACAUGGAGUGGGGAGCCUUUGGGGACCAGGGGGAGCUGGACGACUUUUGCACUGAGUUCGACAGAGCCGUCGAUGAUAACUCCACCAACCCCGGCAAGCAGAGGUAUGAGAAGAUGAUCAGCGGGAUGUACCUGGGGGAGAUUGUGAGGAACGUGCUGCUGGACUUCACCGCCAAGGGCCUGUUGUUCCGUGGGAGGCUGUCCGAGCGGCUGAAAACGCGCGGCAUCUUCGAGACCAGGUUCCUCUCGCAGAUCGAGAGCGACCGGCUUGCCUUGAGGCAGGUGCGCUCCAUCCUGCAGCACCUGGGCCUGACCAGCAGCACCUGUGACGACAGCAUACUGGUGAAGGAGGUGUGCAGUGUGGUGUCACGCCGGGCCGCCCAGCUCUGCGGAGCUGGCCUCGCUGCCGUGGUGGACAAGAUCCGGCAGAACCGUGACCUAGACCAGCUGCGCAUCACUGUCGGGGUGGACGGCACACUGUACAAGCUGCAUCCACAUUUCUCUACCAUCAUGCUCAACACUGUGCGGGACCUGGCCCCUCAGUGCGAUGUCACCCUCAUCCAGUCCGAGGAUGGCAGCGGAAAGGGCGCGGCUCUGAUCACAGCGGUGGCCUGCCGCAUCCGGGAUGCAGGGCAGCACUGAGCCGGUCCGGACUUACUUCAGUAGAUUUGGCAGGGGUAGGGGUUGGGAGGGGGGCUGUGCUGUGCCACAUUAUGUUUGUCAAAGAAUGUUUUCGUGUCUUUGAGAUGGUUGCUGAUACCUGAUCUCUUUGACCUGGAAAGCAGCUGUGUGUAUGGGUGGGGGGUGUGUUCUGAAGGACUACUGGAAUGCAACACUGAGCAGCAACAGAUGAGAGGGAGGGACUUUGUGAAGCUGAAGAGAUUAUAUUUACCUGUUUAAAAGUAUAUGUAGAAUUUAUUGUGUGUGUGUGUGUGUGUGUG